AUGCAAAAACAGAAAUCUGUCGUGACCGAGCAUGACUACGAGAAAGACGUGAGUUCGAGUAUUCAGUGGAAUCGUUGGCUGCUAAUACCAAUCGGUGCUUGGCCAAAUUUUCGUAAAUCGAUGAUGGGAAAAUAUUUUUCUUCGUCGAUUAACAUUCUUUGCUUCGGUUUGAUCGCGUUCAUGUUCGUAUCUUGUGGUCUAUACGCACUCAUAGAAAUAGAAGAAUUGUAUCAUAAAAUCGAGUUACUUGGUCCAUUGAUCUUUUUCUUAAUGACCUUCAUAAAGUAUUAUCUUUUGAUACUUCACGAAAAUGACAUCCGCGAGGGGUGCAAACGCAUCGAAUGGGACUGGAAGAACAUCGAACAUCAAGAAGAUAGAAACAUCAUGACAGUGAACGCGAAUUACGGACGAAGAUUAGCUGCCAUCUGCACCUUCUUCUUAUUUAGCGCUUUUGCAUUUCACUACAUUAUUGUACCAAUCAGCAUGGGUAAAGUGGUCGAUGAGAGUGGGAAUUUGAGCUUCGCCUCGUUACCCUUUCCUGUCCCAGGAUUUAUCGCUGAUGUGCGUUACAGUCCCUGUAAUGAAAUUUUCUACUUCAUCCAAACUCUAACAGGUGCCGUGAUGCAUACUGUAACAUCAGCGGCUUGCAGUAUCGCUGCUGUGUUCGCGGUGCAUGCUUGCGGCCAAAUGAAAGUGAUGAUGAACUGGCUGGAACAUUUGGUCGAUGGCCGACCCGAUAUGAGCAAUACCGUAAAUGGGAGAAUCGCCAAAAUUGUCAUUCAACAUAACCGGAUACUGAAAUUUUUGGCGCUCACCGAAAAUGCGCUUCAACAAAUAUCUUUCGUAGAAUUUUUAGGCUGUAUGUUGAUUAUGUGCCUCCUCGGAUAUUAUCUUAUAAUGGAAUGGAAUUCGAAAGAUAUAAUGCUUUCAAUAACUCAUAUGGCCUUAAUGACAUCGUUUACUUUCAACAUUUUUAUAUUUUGUUAUAUAGGCGAAUUAGUUGCUGAGCAGUGCAAAAAAGUUGGUGAAAUGACAUAUAUGAUCGACUGGUACCGAUUGUCAGGAAAAAAGAAGCUUGGCUGCAUUUUAAUCAUUGCAAUGUCCAAUUCAUCGAUAAAAUUCACUGCAGGAAAUAUGAUUGAAUUAUCUAUUAGUACUUUUAGUGAUGUCGUUAAAACGGCGAUGGCUUUCUUAAACAUGUUACGAGCAUUGACUUGAACAUUUGAAUAAUAUAACCAUUUAUUCUUGGUAAUAUAUAGAAAUUUGUUAGAACUUUAUGUGUCCAUAUAUGCUGUAUUAUAGAGUUAAUGAAACUAAUAUUUUCAGCAUAAUGAGAAAGUUUAUUAGCGUGAACAAUAUGAUUUCAUUAUUCCUUGUAUUAGUCCCUUCAGUCUCCAUAUUUUGUAGAGUAAUCCACAAAUAUUCUAAUAUUUGAGUUCAGUAAAAUGCGUUUCAAUUUAAGUGCAGUAUAUCUUAAAGAAUGUGUUCCUUUUACCAAUAAUUUAGAGCUUUCUGG